GGCAGAGGAAUGGCAGGAGAGGGAAAGGAAGAGGUGCCUGUGGAGUUGAGAGAGCAGCCAAGGAGAGGAGAGGACAACGAGGCAGCGGUGGAUGCCAUGCGUGCGUGUUACCGGGGUUUCGAUCCGGUCGCCUAUCUCCAGUUCAACUACACUCCACCACGAGCAGACUUCCAGCGAGCAGAUAGCAUCGUGCCCUGGAAACUCACCUGCCUGCACAGAGCCUUCACUGAGGGUGACGUGGGGGGGGAGGUGCUUGUGGACGUGGGCUCCGGCCCAACCCUCUACCAGGUCAUGAGUGGCUGUGAGGUGUUUGGCCGCGUGGUGCUGACAGACUUCCUGGAGGUAAACCGGCGUGAGCUCCAGCGCUGGCUGAAGGAUGGCACCAGCAGCCUGGACUGGACGCCCUACCUGGAGUACGUCUGCAAGCUGGAGGGCCGGAGGCCUUCAGCGUCUGGUGAGAAGGCUGCACGACUGCGCUCCGUGGUGAGUGACGUCCUUCCCAUUGAUGUGCACCGCCAAUGCCCUUUGACCCCAGGCGCUGUGCCGACCUGCGGGGCCGACUGCCUGGUGUCCUGCUUCUGCCUGGAGAGCGUGAGUCCAAACCUGGCGGCGUUCACGCGGGCUCUGGGGCACAUGUCCUCGCUGCUGCGUCCGGGGGGGCACCUCCUGCUCAUCGGCGCCCUGGGGGAGAGCUACUACCUGGGGGCGCCGGGGCUGCGGAUCCCUGUAGUGCCCCUGGACGAGGUCCAGUUGUGUGCCAGCCUGAGAGAGAGCGGCUACCAGCUGCUGCAGCUCAGCAUCUACACCCUGCCGGCUGACAUGAGUGUGGGCGUGGAUGACGUGACUGGGGUGUUCUUCGUCAAAGCCAGAAAACCGUAGCCAGACCGUACACAAUUUGUACUUCUUAUCUGUGCAGGCGUAACAACUAAACACUGAGAGAUAUUAUAAGGUGCAAGUUCUAGAACUGAGUUCUUAAUUACAGUCUUAACAU